UGUGAGCGUGUGGUCAACGGCCACCAGCCCAAUUGCGAUGCCAGACCCAAGUCCGCCUGCAUGUAUCAGGAGCUAUUCUUCGGCGGCGACCAGUACACCUCUGGCUUCCUCGCCACGGAGAGCUUCACUUUCGGGGCCACGACCACCGCCGGUGUUGUGUUCGGCUGCAGCGCCAACAUCACGGUACUUGGCCUCGCCGCCGGAGCAACUGGUUUCCUCGGCUUCAACAGGGGCCCAUUUUCCCUCACAUCGCAGCUCAACAUCUCCGGUUUUUCCUACUUCAUUUCCCAUAAGGACAGCAGCAAGAGCUUCUUCAGUUUUUGGGCCGAUCCCGCCUGCGCCGUAUCCGUGCACCAGCAGCCGGGAAAGCACACCCGCUACACUCCACUGCUCCAGCCCACAGCCAACCAGAACCCUUACCUAUACUACGUCAACCUCAUCGGCGUGAAGGUAGAUGGCCAGCUCCUGACGGCCAUCCCAGCGGGAACCUUCGACGUCCGGGUGAAGGACGGCUCAGGCGGGGUAUACCUGAGCACCACCGUGCCGGUCACCUAUCUAGAGGAGGCGGCGUACAGCGUCCUGCGGCAGGAGCUCGUAACAAGGAUCCAGUCGCAGGGCGUGGCUCCGGUGAGCGUCGACGAUGACCCCCUGUGCUACAUGACGAGGUCCUACAAGAACAUCAAGGUUCCAAGGCUCGCGCUUGUGUUCGACGGCGCGGACGCGACCAUGAAUCUGUACACCAAAAACUACUUCCUCCCCGUCGAUGGCGGGCAGACGUGCUUCACCAUAUUGCCCUCCAAUGGCGGGUCCGUGCUAGGGAGCCUGCUGCAGGCGGGCAGGACGAUCACCUACAACGACAUCAAUGGUGACGGCGGCUCGCUGUCGUUCGACUAGGCGUAGACUUCUGCUCAUCACAGUUUAUAGUACUAGAUACGCCACUCGUCUAGUGUGAUGCAUGUCUGCUCCAAUUCUAGUCUAGUAUACAAAAGGACUUCUUCUAGUAUGUGGUUUCCCCUUAUUUGCCUAAAAUUAACCGUGUGUAUUUUGGACUA